GAAGAGGGAGAGGAAGAGGAAGAAGAAGAAGAAGAAGAAGAAGGAGAAGGCGAAGUUUGUGCUUCACACAGAGAGGUCCAAAGUACAGAGUUGUAGUCAGAAAGACAUUUCUCCGUGUUUUAUACAGACUCUGUUAUAAACAUGGCUGAAGACAUGAUGUUGUACUGGGGCUCGGGAUCUCCUCCGUGCUGGAGAGUUCAGAUCGCUCUGGAGGAGAAGAACCUGCAGGGAUAUCAGCACAAACUUCUCUCUUUCGAUAAGAAAGAGCACAGGUGUGAGGAGGUGAUGAAGCUGAACCCGAGAGGACAGCUUCCCACUUUUAAACACGGAGACGUGGUGGUGAAUGAGUCCCUGGCGGCCUGCAUGUACCUGGAGAACCAGUUUAAGUCUCAGGGUACUCAGCUGAUGCCGGAUGAUAUGAAGGAGCAGGCGCUCGUGUUGCAGCGUGUGUUUGAGUCCUGCACACUGCAGCAGAAGAUGUAUGAGGGUCUGUUCUACGAUCAUUACAUCCCUGAACCCGAGAGACACGAAUCAGCUCUGAAGAGAAACCUAGAGAACCUGAAGACUGAACUCAAACUGUGGGAGGGUUACCUACAGAAGAUGGGUAAAGGAUCGUUCCUGGCCGGGAGAAACUUCUCCAUGGCUGAUGUCAUUUUCUUCCCUGUCUUUGCUUUCCUCCCACGGUUUGGGUUGAGUAAGGAGCGCUAUCCUAACCUGAUGGAGUAUUACGAGAGGGUGAAGGAGCGUCCGAGUAUUAAAUCCACGUGGCCUCCUCACUGGCUGGAGAAGGCUACAGGAGAGGAGACACUCAAAGACCUGUGAGGACACAAGGACACGUGGUCAGGGGAUUUGGAACACAGUCGCUCACUAACGCCUGCAGUGAUCUCUCUCUCUCUCUUUUACAUAUACAACCUGAGUCAAAUUUAACCUUCACGUUAUCUGUACGAUUACAUUUUAUUCUUUCAUUGUAACUCUUCUUUAAAGCUGACUGAAAAAAUAACUGAAUCUUUGAUCUGAUCUCAAGACAUUCAGCACUUUUCAUUUUGAUUCUCACUAUUUUUCUAAUUAAAUAAAUGUAUAAAAUGUAUAACAAUGAACAUUUCAGCAUUAGAACAAUAAAAAUGAAAAAGGUCA